CAAAAUUUCCACUUUCUUUCGGCCCUCCACGGCACCAAAUUUAGUGUCGGACAUUCAGCAGCAUGCAGGCUAUGUUGACUGGGGAAAGAUACUUAAAAUUGUUCAGGAACUGCAGGCGUUUUUAUAGGCAAAACAAGACAAUGCUGCCACAUGAAUACCUCUGCGAAUCGUCCACAAGGGAACAGAGUAUCAAGACGUCAGCUAUCCCUGCUCCGCCGCCGCCACCAAUCCAUAGACCAUGCACCUGCAAGACACAACCUAGUCUCCACGCGCACUACUCACUCUUCAGAUCAAUCAACACUUCGAACUGGACAUCUGGCGGGAUCAAUGAGACACCCUACUCGUCGUAUCGACCACCGCAGCCACUGCCAGUUCAUAAAGUUGCUGCCCCAAAAACCCGCCCUGAUAUCCCUCCUCCGCCACCGCCACCACCUCCUGCACUACCAGUCGGAGCACCCCGUAGACCGUACAACUGGAUGACACCAUCUAGGCACAGCCGGGACCUAUUCGCAAAUCUCAUCACUGUGAGAUGGGCAUCCGGGAAGUGCACUGGUCCACCGAAGGAGCCGCCCACUGAGAAGCCGCCCUCGUUCUGCGAGUGUAUGCCAGAACCGCCGUGCUCGUCUGAUCCACCACCUUGUGAGAAGGUAGCACCGCUGCCACAAUCGAAGCCUCCGCCAAUUGACAAGGACUGCAAGGCGACUGAGGAGAGACUUCCAUGCCCUAAAAGAGAACCAAGGAAGGAAAAGAAAAAAAAGCAGCCUACCCAAGAAUCUUCGGCAAAAGCAUCCAAAGGUAGUGCAUCGAAAGGUAGUGCAUCCAAAGCUACUCCACCUAAAGAUGCUCCUCCCAAAGCUGCUGCACCCAAAGCUGCUGCUCCCAAAGCUGCUCCUCACAAAGAUGCAGCCCCCAAAUCUACUGCCCCUAAAGCUGCUGCUCCCAAGGCUGCUGCUCCCAAAGCUGCUCCUCCCAAAGAUGCAGCCCCUAAAGCUACUCCACCUAAAGAUGCUGCCCCCAAAGCUACUGCUCCUAAAAGUGAUCCCCCAAAAGCUACUGCUCCCAAGGCUGCUGCUUCCAAGGCUGCUGCUCCCAAAGCUGCUCCUCCCAAAGAUGCCGCCCCCAAAGCUGCUGCUCCCAAAGAUGCCGCCCCCAAAGCUGCUGCUCCCAAAGAUCCAGCUCCCAAAGCUGCUGGAAUUCCUCCUCCCCCACCGCCACCACCUCCUGGAGUACCUGUAAAUAAACCGCAGGAACCCCCAGUUGGCGCCGAACCAGCACCCAAACCCUCUCCCCCGCCGCCGCCUCCACCAAUGCCACCUGCCACUUCCCAACCAGGAUUGAUACAGUACAAGUCCGCUAUGCCCAAUUCCCCUAGUCCUUGUGAAAGGCCGCCAAAAGAAAAAGAGGAAGCAGGAGCCUGCACCACCGAAGAGUCAAAGGAGAAACCACAAUGUCCAAAAGAAGAGAAGGAGCCAGAAGACCCACCUAAUCCCUGCCUGUUGGCAUUUAUGGAAAGGCAUCGUCUCAGUGGUAAGCCGCCACCAAAGGGAGGCUGCUAUGUGGUUAAGACCUCUCGCCGAAAAUCAGCAUGUCCUCGAGACAAAGAGGAAGCCAGCUCUGAAAGUAAGCCAUCUCCCAAAGAAGGAUCUAGCUCUAGGUGCAAGUCAGCUGCCAAGGAAACAGCCGGUUCUAAGUGCAAGUCAGCUGCCAAAAAAGAAGCUAGUUCUAAAACGAAGCCGCUUUCCAAAGAAGCAGCCAGCUCUAAACCGAAACCACCUCCCAAAGAAGGCCCCAGCUCUAGAUGCAAGACAGCUCCCAAAGAAGCAGCCAGCUCUAAACCGAAACCAUCUGCCAAAAAAGAACCCAGUUCUAAAUGCAAGCCCCAGCCUAAGGAAGGACCCAGUUCUGGCUGCAAACCCUCUCCCAAGGAAGGACCCAGUUCUGGCUGCAAGGCCGCUAUCAAGGAAGGAGCAAGUUCUGGCUGCAAGCUCUCUCCCAAGGAAGGACCCAGUGCUGUAUGCAAGACCAGUCCUAAGGGCAAACCCUCAUCUAAGGGCCCUGCUAGUCCGGGAAGCAAGCCCCCUACCAAAGAAGCGGCCAAACCCUCAUCUAAGGGCCCGGCCGGUCCUGGAAGCAAGCCCCCUCCCAAGGAAGGAGUCAAAACUGGAAGCAAGCCCUUAUCCACAGCACCAAGAAGUCCUGCGGGACAGUCCCCAUCCAAGGGACCAUCCGGUCCCGGCAAGCCACCCUCUCCUCAGACAGUCAGUAAGGCAAUGACCACAGCAGCAAUUGUGCAGCCUAAGGUCACGGCUAAUGCCCCACCUGCACCGAAGCUCAAAGCUAAGGCGGCGCCUUCAAAGCCCAAGGCCAAGAGUCCUAAGACACCGCCCCCGCCGCCGCCGAGCGUGGCGCCCUCGUCCAGCCAAUGCACCCAAGCCGGAGGCGAUCAGAGCCACUGUGAGGCCAAUAAAGCCCAGCUACUGUGUCAGCCGGUGGUGCCGCUAAAGGACACCAUCCAGCGAUAUCUGUGCAGCAUUCAACCGCACCUGGAGCCCGACGAGUUCGUGGAGGAGCAGAAACUAACCCUCGAGUUCCAAGAUGGCGAAGGCGCGAAGCUGCAGAAGAUGCUGGAGGAUGUGGCCUCGUGCAGCAGCAAUUGGCUGACACCGCGCUGGACAAAUGCCGCCUACUUGGGCUACAGAGCACCGGUUACCAUCUUCUCGAGUCCCUGCCUGACCUUGCCCAUGCAGGACUUUAAAACCGAACGGGACUACAGGCUGUUCACGGCCAAGGUGAUCUUCGGGAUGUGCGAGUUCAAGGAGAUGGUGGAUAACAAUGGCAUACCCGUGACAAAGAUGUGCUGCCACGAUCUGGACAACAGUCAGUUUAGGAAGAUAUUUGGCACGGUGCGAAGGCCGGGUCGCUUCUGCGAUAGCAUCGAACAGAACAAUGAGUCCCAGUACGUGGUGGUCAUCCAUAGAAAUAAUUUCUUUAAGCUACCUGUCAUUGGCGCGGACUGCAAGAUUGUUCAUGUCCACAGUCUGGCCGAUCAACUGGGGAGCAUUCUCCACUGUCCCAUGGAGAGGGGCGUGCCCAUUGGCCUCCUCACCCACGACAAUCGCGACAACUGGGGCGAGGCCUAUACGUAUCUCUGUCGUCCUGAGGGCAACAACGAGUCCAUUGUCCACGCCAUCGAGCAGUCCCUCUUCGUCGUCUGCCUGGAUGACUGCGUGAAUGUGCCCAGGAAUGGAGCUAGUGCCGUGCACGCCGCCCAGCUCUUGCAUGGCGGCGGUCGCCAUCAGAACAGCGCCAAUCGUUGGAUGGACAAGACGAUCCAGCUGAUUGUCAACCCCAACGGCAUGGCUGGCUUCUGCUACGAGCACGCACCCGCCGACUGUCAGCCGCUGGCCAUGCUCAUGGACUUUGUGCAGCGGAAUAUAACUCAACCAAAUUAUGGCUGCCAGUGCUGCAGCACUUCCAAGACGAAAUCAGCCACCGUACUCUGCUUCGAUCCGUUCAGCGAUUGCGUGGAUCUGUUCCUGUGCGAGGCGAAGCGCAACAUUGACAAGAUCUGCAGCCGGCUGCAGUUGCACGUCUUCAAGUACGAGUGUCACGGAAAGAGCUUCAUCAAGGCGCAAGGCUUGAAUGCGGACAGCUACAUACAGAUGGCCCUGCAGUUGGCCUACUACGAGUGCCACAGCAAGCUGCCGGCCCAGUACGAGUCGGCCCACCUGCGGAUGUUCGAGGAGGGACGCACGGAGACCAUACGCUCCACCUCGCGGGAGUCUCGCGCCUUUGUCGAGGCCAUGGCCCUGUCGCCGGGCUCCAACAAGAAGCGUCUGAUGGCCCUCCGCUCAGCAGUGGACUCCCAUCAGGAGCUGACCAAACUCGCCCUCCAGGGGCGGGGCAUCGAUCGGCAUCUAUUGGGGCUGCAGCAGAUGGCCAAGGAGAACGGUCUGCCGACGCCCGAGUUCUUUAAGUCGAAGGGGUUUACCAAGUCGGUCAGCUUCCAGGUGUUCAGCUCCCAGGUGGCCAGCAGCCAUGAUGCCUUCAUGGCGUACGGGCCCCUGAUCGCCAACGGCUAUGGCUGCUGCUACAAUCCACGCGACAAGGAAAUUAUAUUCUCCGUCUCGGCAUGGGGCCCCAACAAGGAAACCGAUCCCGUGCGAUAUGGCAAGGCGAUAGAAAAGGCCUUGGACGCCAUGAGAAAGCUGGUCCUCAAGACGGGCGGCGAUCGUGUGGGCGAAGAUGUCUGCAAGUGCCCCGAUGUGGGACCACCCCAGUAGAGCCAUCGCACACCUCAGGGCAAACACACUUUCGCCAUCUUUCACUUGAUUUCUUCCACAGACGCGACUACGUAUAUGCAUGCGCCGAGAGCCGCUCUAAGUGGGUUCGGGUUCAGGGUCAGGGCCGUGCUUAAAAGCCAAAACAAUAAGCAUUACUCAUGCCCGAAACACGCUCUCCUCUGGCCAGGCCCGAUCGUGGUGGCGAUCGAGAGAAUACGAGUAUUAGCCUGGCUCGGGGAGAGAUUGCAGCCCACGGGGAUCGAGGGGAGAUCAGUCUCUUGUUAAUUAAUAAGUCAAUCGAGUCAGAUGCAAAUGUAAUAAUAUAUCAUACGACACACACCGAAAGAGAGAUUUUAAGAGAAAUAAAUGUAUUAAGAGAGA